AUGGUCUCGUCUUCUUCUGGGUACUACACCACUCCGGUGCCCUACUACACCACCAUGGCCUCCGAUUACUGCACAACGAAGAAGACCGACUAUUAUGCGACAACAUAUGCUGCCCCCAGCUUCUACACCGAGUCACCCUAUUACUACACCACAACUUAUGCUGCCCCGUCUUACACCACAAAGGGCGCAGAAUACUACACAAUCACUUACGCUGCUCGAGAAUACUACACUGAUGCUCCUAAAUAUUAUUCGGCUCCAAGUUACUACCAGACUGACACUCCACGAUACACAACUUAUGCUGCCUCAAGCUACAAUACCGAGACUCCGAAGUACUACACCACCAACUAUGCUGCUCCGGGUUAUUACACCAUGGCUUCCUAA